CAUUCAUCAAGUUGAUCUUUUCAGUCGAUUAUGAAGUUGAUGAUAUUCUUUGCAUUUGCUUAUGCGGCAGUCGCACUAGCUAUAAAUACAAAAGAACAGUCUUUAACUGAUUGGUAUGAAGAAGUUGAUAAAAAGAUUAUUAAAAGCGUUAAAUCAGGUCCAUUUUUUGAACACGUGAGAGGUUUUAAUGACUGGUGCGUCAAGCAAACUUUUUUAAAUAUGAAUAGAGAUGGAAAUAAAAAAUUAAAAUUUCCUGAAGCCAUGAUUAUUAUCUUUGAUGCGCUUAUAAGCUGCAAAAAAGAAAAAAGUUUAGAUAUUUGGAGUUUGAUGGUUGGAGAACUUGCAAAUCAUUACAAAACAUCUUUGGAUGAUCCAAGUCAUGUGGAAUGCUUCAAAUUGGAACUUCAAAAAGUAGAGCCAACUUCAUAUCUUCUGCAUGGUUUAGAAUCAAAUUCAAUGACAAAUGACAUCGAAACAUGUAAAACUAUCGUUGAUGAUGAUGGAUAUUCUAGACAUAUUGACAUACUUGAGCAAGAGUUUGGAAAGAUCUCUGACCUAACAUGCCAGGAAUUUGAUGGAGCUGAAGCAAAAAAAUUACUUCUUAGCAUUAUUGUUUUAGGUUUUGAAAAGAGAAUCAAUUAUGUAAAUUAUGUAAAGAAAAGUAUAGCUGCUGAUUUACAGUAUAGAAUAGGCAGUGCUGCUAAAUGCAUCAAAAAACGUAUGAAUCAGUAAAGCAUAAUUUUUUCGGAUUUUGAACAGCUAAGCUCAUCCAUAACUUGUACAAAAUCAUUGAAAAUAAAGUUUUUUUGAAAAAUUAA